AUGUCUCUUUUGGGGACUAUAAAUCCUAAUAUGAACCCUGCCCGAACAGUCGGCGCUCAAAGUGCCGAAGUUGAGGGCGAGGUACACCCAGCGCCGGUGAGCGGCGAGCAACCGACCAUCUUCGAGGAAGCCAACAGCGCAAAUACGUCUGAAACGGCCUUGGACAAACUCGGCAAAGGAGGUUACGAUUACGAUGAGCAGAUCGCAGAAGCGGAAGUCACUCGCCUGGCGCAACAGCUGACUCGCCAAUCGACGAGGUUCUCCUUCAGCCAGAACGCGGAGAAUCCGUUCGUGGAGACCAAGGAAGAUUCCACCUUGAACCCUCACAGCUCGAACUUCAAAGCAAAGAACUGGAUGAAGAACCUGCUCGCUCUCACCUCUCGUGAUCCGGAAAGACACCCAAGACGCGAAGCCGGCGUCUCGUUCCGCAAUCUCAGCGUUCACGGUUACGGUAGCCCGACGGAUUACCAGAAGGAUGUGUUCAAUGCGGUUCUCCAAGUUGGCGCUCUGUUCCGCGCAGUUACUGGUACUGGUAAACAGAAGAUCCAGAUUCUGCGCGACUUUGACGGUCUCGUGAGGAGUGGUGAGAUGUUGGUGGUGUUGGGACGGCCUGGAAGUGGCUGCUCGACUUUUCUGAAGACGCUGGCCGGUGAGAUGAAUGGUAUCUACAUGGACGAGAAAUCAGACUUGAACUACCAGGGUAUCCCGGCCAAGCAAAUGCGGAAGCAAUUCCGGGGUGAAGCUAUCUACAACGCUGAAACCGACGUUCACUUUCCGCAGCUAUCUGUGGGUGACACGCUCAAGUUCGCCGCUCUGGCUCGCUGUCCACGGAAUCGUUUCCCCGGUGUCUCAAGGGAUCAGUAUGCUACGCAUAUGCGUGACGUCGUCAUGGCCAUGCUUGGUCUCUCGCAUACUAUCAAUACGCAAGUUGGCAACGACUUCGUCCGCGGUGUCAGUGGUGGCGAACGGAAGCGUGUUAGUAUCGCAGAGGCUACUCUCAGUGGAAGCCCUCUCCAAUGCUGGGAUAACAGUACCCGUGGAUUGGAUAGUGCCAACGCCUUGGAGUUCUGUAAGACCCUAAACUUGAUGACAAAGUAUGCCGGUGCGACUGUCGCGGUCGCCAUCUAUCAGGCUUCUCAGAGCGCGUACGAUGUGUUCGACAAGGUGACUGUCUUGUAUGAAGGCAGACAAAUUUACUUUGGUCGUACAGACGAAGCAAAGGAUUUCUUCACCAACAUGGGAUUUGUAUGCCCAGAACGUCAAACGACUGCCGAUUUCCUCACUUCUCUUACCAGUCCUUCUGAACGUGUCGUGAAGCCAGGCUAUGAGGGCAAGGUACCACGAACACCUGAUGAAUUCGCUGCUGCCUGGAAGAACAGCGAGGCCUACGCGAAAUUGAUAAGGGAUAUUGAGGAGUACAAUCAGCAAUUCCCUCUAGGCGGAGAAUCAGUUCAAAAAUUCAUCGAGUCCCGCAGAGCUAUGCAGGCGAAGAAUCAGCGUGUGGGAUCUCCUUAUACAGUCUCCAUCUGGGAACAGGUUCGACUCUGCAUGGUGCGUGGUUUUCAACGUCUUAAGGGCGAUUCCAGUUUGACUAUGAGUCAAUUGAUUGGAAACCUUAUCAUGGCGUUGAUCAUCGGAAGUGUCUUCUACAACCUGAAGGAGGAUACCUCAAGUUUCUACUCACGUGGUGCCUUACUUUUCUUUGCCGUGCUGCUUAACGCAUUUUCUAGUGCGCUCGAGAUUUUGACGUUGUAUGCGCAACGUCCCAUUGUCGAGAAACAAGCGCGUUAUGCAAUGUACCACCCGUUCGCCGAAGCCAUCGCAUCGAUGCUUUGUGACAUGCCCUACAAGAUCACGAAUGCAAUAAUUUUCAACCUGACCCUCUAUUUUAUGACGAAUCUUCGUCGUGAACCGGGUGCAUUCUUCGUUUUCCUUCUGUUUACAUUUAUUACUACCCUGACCAUGUCCAUGCUCUUUCGGACGAUCGCCGCGUCAUCCAGAACACUUUCUCAAGCUUUAGUGCCUGCCGCUAUCCUUAUUUUGGGCUUGGUUAUCUAUACUGGUUUCACUAUUCCUACUCGAAACAUGCUUGGCUGGUCGCGAUGGAUGAAUUACCUUGAUCCCAUCGCUUAUGGAUUCGAAAGCUUGAUGGUCAAUGAAUUUCACAACCGCACGUUUAAAUGCUCUCCGGGAGAGAUUGUCCCAAGCUAUGAUGGUGUCUCUUUGGAUUACAAGAUUUGCUCUACAGUUGGUGCUGUGGCCGGCUCUGAAUAUGUCCAGGGCGAUGACUACCUUCACCAGAGUUUCCAAUAUUAUCAAAGCCACAAGUGGAGGAACUUGGGCAUCAUGUUUGCGUUCAUGGUGUUUUUCUUGAUCACCCAUUUGGUUGCUACUGAGUACAUCUCGGAGGCUAAGUCUAAGGGUGAAGUUUUGCUUUUCCGCCGUGGGCAUUAUCCUCGUGCUACCACCGACGUCGAAACAAGCAACCAAGUGUCUGCCGCCGAGAAGACGGACGUUUCAAGUGACGGCGCAGGUGCUGCAAUUCAGAGGCAAGAGGCUAUUUUCCACUGGCAGGAUGUGUGUUACGACAUUAAGAUCAAGGGUGAGCCUCGGCGGAUCCUCGAUAAUGUUGAUGGAUGGGUCAAACCUGGUACUUGUACUGCUCUUAUGGGUGUGUCCGGUGCCGGUAAAACAACGCUUUUGGAUGUGCUCGCCACUCGUGUGACUAUGGGCGUAGUAAGUGGUGAGAUGCUGGUCGAUGGUCGCAUACGAGACCAGUCUUUCCAGCGAAAGACGGGUUACGUUCAGCAACAAGAUCUUCACCUUCAUACCACUACUGUACGAGAGGCCUUACGAUUUAGUGCUCUUCUUCGCCAGCCUGGACAUGUCAGCCGCCAGGAGAAGCUCGAUUACGUCGAAGAGGUCAUUAAACUGCUUGGUAUGGAAACUUACGCUGAUGCUGUCGUCGGUGUUCCUGGUGAAGGUCUGAAUGUUGAACAACGGAAACGUCUCACUAUCGGUGUUGAAUUGGCAGCUAAGCCCCAGCUCCUUCUGUUCCUCGACGAGCCCACGUCCGGUCUGGACAGUCAAACAUCGUGGUCUAUUCUUGAUCUUAUCGACACCUUGACCAAGCAUGGCCAAGCCAUCCUUUGCACAAUUCACCAGCCAUCAGCAAUGCUCUUCCAACGCUUUGACCGUCUUUUGUUCCUAGCUAAAGGUGGAAAAACGGUGUACUUCGGUGAGAUUGGAGAGAGAUCAUCUACACUUGCGAGCUAUUUCGAACGGAAUGGUGCUCCGAAGCUGCCUGUUGCAGCGAACCCAGCUGAAUGGAUGCUCGAAGUCAUCGGUGCUGCUCCUGGAUCACACAGUGAUAUCGACUGGCCUGCCGUUUGGCGUGAAAGUCCUGAACGUCAAGGCGUCCGCAACCACCUAGCAGAGCUGAAAUCCACCCUCUCGCAGAAGCCUGUUGAUCCUUCUCAUUCAGAUGAAAGCAGCUUCAACGAAUUCGCCGCUCCUUUCAGUGUUCAAUUGUAUGAGUGUUUGCUUCGUGUGUUCUCCCAAUACUGGCGGACACCAAUCUAUAUCUACUCCAAGGCAACACUUUGCAUUCUGACGGCCCUCUACAUCGGCUUCUCCUUCUUCCACGCAGAAAACAGCAAACAGGGUCUUCAAAACCAGAUGUUCAGUAUCUUUAUGUUGAUGACUAUCUUCGGUAACCUUGUCCAACAGAUUAUGCCUAACUUUGUUACUCAGCGCGCUUUAUACGAGGCUCGCGAGAGACCUUCUAAGACAUACUCAUGGCAGGCAUUCAUGACAGCUAACAUCCUGGUCGAGCUUCCCUGGAACGCCCUAAUGAGCGUUAUCAUCUUCGUCUGCUGGUACUACCCCAUUGGUCUCUACCGCAAUGCCGAACCCACCGAUACUGUCCAUGAGCGCGGAGCCCUAAUGUGGCUCCUAAUCCUCUCCUUCCUCCUGUUCACAUCUACCUUCGCACAUAUGAUGAUCGCCGGUAUCGAGCUCGCAGAAACAGGCGGUAAUCUCGCUAACUUGCUUUUCUCCCUGUGUUUGAUCUUCUGCGGUGUCCUCGCUACUCCUGAAGCUCUCCCCGGCUUUUGGAUCUUCAUGUACCGCCUCUCUCCAUUCACAUACCUGGUAUCAGGAAUGCUCUCCACGGGCGUCGGGCGUACCACCGCUGUCUGCGAGGAGGUCGAGUUCCUGCACCUAAGUGCGCCACCCAACACCACCUGUGGCGACUACAUGUCCGACUACAUCGGUAAGGUCGGCGGAUACCUGGAAGACAAAGACGCUACCGGCUCGUGCUCCUUCUGCCAGAUCUCCAGCACAGAUACCUUCCUGUCUCAGGUCAGCAGCUACUACGAUGACCGGUGGCGCAAUUUCGGUAUCAUGUGGGCGUACAUCGUCUUCAAUAUCGCCGCGGCCGUGUUCAUCUACUGGCUCGCGCGUGUCCCGAAGGGCAAGAGAACAAAAAACUAA